UUUCAGCAGUCUGGCCCAGCUCCUCCGCUCCUCCUCAGCUCAACACACACACCCAUUGUACACAAAAACGGGCAGGCGGCUCACGCAUACACACACAUGUAUACAUACACACACGCACACAUACGCGCACACACACUCACAGGACACAUUCGCACACUCACGCACAGCAUCGAUCGUGGCUCCUUUAAGAAAGCCUAAGCCAGAAUUAUCACCCCACCUCCUCUUGAUCUCCUCUAGACGCUUUUGCAUAAGAAAAUCAAGCCGGGAGCCGAGAGUGAUCAAAGAAAACCAGAGGAGAGCUGCUUCAUUUUUUAACUCUGAUUGUGACCAUUAACAUUUAGGCGGUGCCGAGCCCGUGGAGACGCGCGUCGGACCAUCAUUCAUCCGCUACUUUUGACAAGCCCUCGCGUUCUGACUGACAGGCGGAGUGGCACAAAGCCAUGAAAGUCACCAGUUUGGUUUGAGGAGCUUUUUAAAACAUUUUCCCCCCUUCAUUCUGUUUUUUUCUGGGGAGGGGGGGGGGAGGAUCCCGGUGCCGCUGCAGCGAGGAGAGCCGAGGAGGGAUCCGCCGCGCCUGGGCUGAACUUGCACCGAGAGCGGGAGCUGGCUUCACCGUUCCGUGGAAAACAAAACAAAAAGAGAGGCGUACGGGAUUCUGGCUGAGAGCUCUUCUCGUUUAUUUGGAUUUUCUUCCUUGAUUUCGUGUCCACGCUGGCCUGAGAGGGGAUUUACUUAAACUGUGAGGACGGACAAGGAGUGAGGAGGGUUAUGGCGCAACGGUACGAAGACUUGCCCCACUACGGGAUGGACAGUGUAGGCAUCCCGACCACCAUGUAUGGAGACCCGCACGGCGCCCGGUCCAUGCAGGCUGUGCACCUCAACCACGGUCCGCAGCUGCACUCUCACCAGUACCCGCACACUGCCCACACCAACUCCAUGCCUCCCAGCAUGGGCUCCUCCGUUAACGACGCUCUGAAGAGAGAUAAAGACGCAAUUUAUGGGCACCCCCUGUUCCCCUUGCUUGCACUGAUUUUUGAGAAAUGUGAAUUAGCGACCUGCACCCCCAGAGAGCCCGGGGUGGCGGGAGGAGACGUCUGUUCAUCGGAAUCUUUCAAUGAAGACAUAGCAGUGUUUGCAAAACAGAUUCGUGCAGAAAAACCUUUAUUUUCAUCAAAUCCAGAGCUGGAUAACUUGAUGAUUCAAGCCAUUCAAGUUUUACGAUUUCAUCUUCUGGAGCUGGAGAAGGUACACGAGCUGUGUGAUAAUUUCUGUCACCGGUACAUCAGCUGUUUGAAAGGCAAGAUGCCCAUCGACUUGGUCAUAGACGACAGAGAGGGCGGGUCCAAAUCAGACAGCGAGGAAAUCACAAGAUCGGUAGCCCUAGAUCAGACGUCCUGGAACAGAGAUCACGACGACACAGCGUCCACACGCUCUGGAGGGACACCAGGGCCGUCCAGCGGUGGACACACAUCACACAGUGGGGACAACAGCAGCGAACAAGGUGAUGGCCUGGACAACAGUGUGGCUUCGCCGAGCACGGGGGACGACGAUGACCCAGAUAAAGAAAAAAAACACAACAAGAAGAGAGGGAUUUUUCCUAAAGUGGCCACCAACAUCAUGAGAGCAUGGCUCUUCCAGCACCUAACGCAUCCCUACCCAUCAGAAGAACAGAAGAAACAGCUGGCACAGGACACAGGCCUCACCAUUCUACAAGUGAACAACUGGUUCAUUAACGCCAGAAGGAGAAUAGUGCAGCCCAUGAUCGACCAGUCAAACCGAGCAGGCAAGUCUCCCAUAGUAACUGUUUUCAAGUCCAGCAGGCAUAAGCCGUCCACCCUCCAUGCACCCAGAAGCCUCUCCGCUGGUAAAUACAGGACUGAUGCUUCCUUCUUGGAAUGUCCGAAUCCUUCAGGGACUUCCCCCAUCUCUAUCAUUACUGACCAUGGCUACGGAGCCAAAACAUUACAACAUUAACAGCAACCAUUAAUCAACCCUCACAUGUCCGUUGAGGUGAAAACCUAUUAAUUACAGGGUACAAGCCUUUGGUCGACAGUGAAUAACGAGGAGUGAUAUUUUUGUGUGUUAUCCUGUAAAUAAAACUUUGUGUUCUGAGUAAAGUUUGUUCCUAACCCCUCAGUACCCUUUUUACCAACCAGGGAAAUCAAAUUAAGCUCCGUGGCUCAAACCGUAACAAAAUAAAUAAAUAAAUAAACGCUACAGCCUUUGGUUUUUAGGGAUGACCUUCGAUUGGCCUUUUGGCUCCAGACCUGUUUUUAGCCCCAUCCCCUCCUCAACCCGGCUCGAGUGAGCGGUCCCCCUGGUGCAUGGCUUGGUUUGGACUGCCGUAAACUUUAUUACCUGUAAUAGAGGUCAGAGGUCAGGGUGGCAUUAGGAGAGCGUAGUAAAGUUCAAAGGCGUUCAGUGGGGGCUGAGGUCUUGCUUUUGCUUGACUGACCUCCAAACAGCCUAAAUCAAAAGUAAGUGGUUCUCUAUGAGAGCAGAACAAUGGAGGGAAACCAAAAUAAUAGGAACCAUAUCAGGUUUCGCUUCUCCUUGCUGCUUAGUUCGAAGCAGCGUUUAUGAGAUAAAGCAUUUAGAUAGCAGCCGAUUCUGGGACAAGUUAGAAUGAAGGUUUGAUGAAAGCUGGUCAGAGCGUCCACCUGGAGUUCAUCGAGGGUCUUUGAUCAUACAUGCAAUUAUACAUGGAGAGUAGCUGCAGCUACGCUAAAAGCUCUGCAGCAAUAUGUGCCAACGUGUCUAUGAAAUAUUUAUCAGGGGAGCUGGAUGCUUUAAACUUGUCCAUCAGGAUUAAAUCGAUGAAAUGUUCUGUAUAAACCGUACGGAUGCUCUCAAACCUCGGUGUUCACCUGUUUGCUGGCUGCACAAACAAACGCUGCUUAACCACAAACACCUGUGUGUGGACUUGGAUCAACAAUCAACACAAAAUUCAUCAAAAAAUAAGAAAUCAAUAACUCCAGUCUUUCUGGCGUAGUUCAGGUCUGCAUGCUUAAAUAAUUACAUUUAAACCAAAGUCCUUAUGCGUCUUAAGUGUAUAUUAAACUCCUGAGCCGAUCCCUAUUAGAGCGUUGAGCUGCAUUAAAGUCUACCAGGAGCUUAGAGUGGGAAUCCGGUUGGAGACGUGGAGCAGAGUGACGUUGAGAGACUUUGGUGGCUUCCUGUGCGUGCACCAGCCAACAGAUGAUCCCGCUCCGGCCACUGAGCUUUAAUUAAAAGGACUAAUUGACCACUCUGUUCCCUCCCUCCGAUCCCUCUAUCCCUCCCUUCUUGUCUUCUCCGCCAUCCACAGUAAGUCAAGGAGCUCCCUACAAUCCAGAUGGCCAGCCAAUGGGGGGCUUCGUCAUGGACGGCCAGCAGCACAUGGGAAUCAGACCACCUGGGCCAAUGGGUGGGAUGGGCAUGAACAUGGGCAUGGAAGGUCAGUGGCACUAUAUGUAGCCCUGCCAGAGUCUGACCAAUCACAACACAAAGGGAAAAAGCUGCAGGGGAAUCAUGUGUCUCACGGAGGCCUGUGGAGCUUGUAAACGGGACUCCCUGAUUUUCCACUGAUGAUGAACGAACAAGAAAAAAGACACAAAACCGUUUUAUUCGACCGGUGCCUGCAACAUGGAAGCCUUCUUACAGUUUUUCAAAGAACCCAACAGAGAUGAGAGCAGAUAAGACGAGCCCCAUCUCCCGACAGUCUCCUGCUUCUUCUCUGGUUGACACAAGACUCCAUCCCCUUGCUGCACUAACCCCACCUGGAUUCCUCCAUCAACGUGAUUGUGACUGACUCACUGGGACCUUUUGCCUGCUCAGUAAAAUGUGGCACUCGGUGAUCUGUUUUCAACUUUUUUUUUUUUUUGGCAAACAAAGUGACCCUGUGAGGAGCUUUCCACUCUUUGGGACGAUGGGAUUGGACCAAAGAGAACCCAAUGUCUGUAUCCGACAGGGCGCUAGCAGAGCAAAGGAGGCGCCCUUUAACAAUAUUGUGGAUUGAGACCUGGAAAAGCAAAUGAAAAGUAUAAAACUAUAUCAGAUUGGGACGUGAGUGAGGAAGAAAAUAUACUGUAUACUGUUGUAAAGUUAUGCUGGACUCUCACAACAACUGGGAAUUCAAGUAUUGUAAAUGCUGUUGUAUUGUUCUGCAUAUUAUGUUGUUUCUAAUAGAUUUUUAAAAAAAGGAUGUGAACCUUUUCUCUUUUUUCUGGUUUCUUUCCAAAGUGUGUGUGUGUGUGUGUGUGUGUGUGUGUGUGUGUGUGUGUGUGUGUGUGUGUGUGAACGCGCGCGCUUGUGUAACAUCCACAUGAAACCUGCCUUCCUGUUCACCUCUCCUCAUUAAAUGACAUAUUUUUCGAGAAAGAUGUGAGUAAACAUCGAGCUAAUCUGUUUAUUUUAACUUCUGAGGCCUGCAGGGGUCAGACAUCCUGAUUAUGUUGUUGUUUUUGUUUGUAUGUGUAACAUACAGCACUCAUCGCCUCCCUGUGUGCAUGGGAGGUGCAGCUACUUGUGUUACUAUUGGUUUGGCUGCACCUUGUACCUCCAAUUUGGGUGAUUAAAAAAUAAAAUAAAAUUUCAUAUCAGUUUAUUAUCAAACCGUCCUCCACCAGUUUCAAACUUUUUUCGGUGCAGAAAUUUUGCAGGUCAUACACACCUUCUAAUAGCAGGCAUUUUUGAUGGGCAUGGUACUUCAUUCUUUGUGUACUCAUGAGAACAGCCAAUCGACACAAAACAUCUUAAAUUUUUAUGAAGUCACACCUGAUGGGGGAGCUGCGAGCCACAAGCAUGUUGUUUUCUAUUUUUGCUUUUGAAUCCAUGUGUGUUGUGAUUGAGGGCCUCUGAAAGUCUGUCCCAGUGUCUUAUUGAUGUGUUCAUCACAUGACUGAGCACUUGCAUGGCCAAUGGAUUCUCUUCCCUUCACCAUUUAAUGCUUCCGGAUAUGAAGGAGAGGCAGAGGAUUUGGGAAAACACCAUCUAUUCCGUUCAUUUUCAUUAAACCAGAUGAUGUAAUGCUGAUUAACGGACAGGAGAGAAUGUAAAAGUGUGUGUGUGUGUGUGUGUGUGUGUGUGUGUGUGUGUGUGUGUGUGUGUGUGUGUGUGUGUGUGUGUGUGUGUGUGUGUGUGUGUGUGUUAUCAAUGCUUCCAUUAUCCAUUGCUUCACACAUGUAAUACGCACAUCUCUGAAAUUCCUUUGAAGAGCUUCUUUUGCUUUUACUUUGAAGGGUAUAUAUGUACAUCUGUGUUGUAAAUAAAUACUUUUGUUCAAGUAACACAACUUUUAA